AUGAGAAACUUGUGGAAAUGGCUGCGAAACUUUAGAAACCCGGAAAAGGACCGAUCCAAGGACUGGAUCCUCGGAAACGAAGUCGUCGUAUUCCACCUCGCACGGCCUCACAAGCUAUAUUCUCUCAUGAAUGUAUUCCCCUUUGUCGCCAUUCUGUGGGGCGCUGCUCGGCUGGACUCGCUUUGGUCAGUCCAAAAUAUACGUCCGACCAAAGAAGACGCCGCUUCUGGCCGACUGGCCGAACCCAAACCUCGAAUAUCUGAUCAAACACGACGCACAGGGACUGCGUCCGCGUUUUUGAUAGUGUCUAUCAUAAUUGGUGGCACUCUCUUUUUCCAACGCAAGAUGGUACGCACCAUAACGUUUAGAAGGGAUAAGCCAGUGCUUUCCAAACCCACUCGUGCUGCUCUCCCACCAAAUGGUUUGAAAGACGAUCGAUCUAUGAUCAUUCUUCAACCCUUCAGCGGCCCGCCAAUAGAGGCUCCCAUUGGAGAGUGUGAGCUCUACGAUACAGAUACUAGAGACCGUUUGCUUAUUGGAGUGCCGGGCAAGGCUUUGAGACUUCUCGUCGACGUUGACGGUGCCGAAGUCGGCAUCCCUGGAGAGUCGCAAGUCGUACACAGGUUCGAUAAAGACGAAUCUGGUGUGCCCUUGUCUAUGGAACAGAAGAAUAAGCAGCGUUUAGAUGCAAAGAAUCUUCUGGGACGGCUUUGGGCGACGUACGAACGAGGAAACCUAUCGAUAUGA